UCUCUCUCUCUUUCUCUCUCUCUCUCUCUCUCUCUCUCUUUCUCUCUCUCUCUCUUUCUCUCUCUCUCUCUCUCUCUCUCUCUCUCUCUCUCUCUCUCUCUCUCCCCAAAUAUGUUUCAGUAAGAUAAACACAGACUGUGUAAGAGAGGGCUGAUGUUUCUGGAAAUGGAACAAGCACAGUCAGGGAUGUUCCCCCGUCAUCUCUGCAGUCUUCCCCCUCCUCUUCUCCUGGCUGACUCCGAGUCUUUAAGAGGGCAGCUGGAGGUGAGAGUGCAGGUACAUGCUGAGUGAGAGUGUUCACGCACACAGCAGACCAGAUCAGCACCAUGCAGGCAGUGUGGCUAUUGUGUGUGUGCGUGAGUGUGUGUGUGGGAGCUUUAGCUCUGGAAACGGAUUAUCCGAACGCACUGGUAGAACGGGACAGUGAGAACGGGACAGAUUCAGACUCACCUGCCAAUGACAUCUCAAACACACCUGCAACGGAGACAGCGAUGGUAGAUUCGAGUGAGAUAUCAAAGGGUGAGGGAGCAGACGAAAGCCUGAGAAAGACACACUCUGGGGGUACGGCUGCAGACACCGAGAAGCCUCUGGGGCGGACGCUGGCCGUGUGGGUGGAGCUCGCUUCCGUCUUGGCAAGGAGGGGCGGAGUAACAGGUAAACUGAACACCAUACUGAAUGAGCUCAAAGAGGAAAAGAAACGCCUCCUGGGCCUGGAGAGUGAAAGUGAUGAGCAGGUGAAGAGGAAGAAGGAAGAUGAUGACGAUGAUGAGGAGGAGGAGGAUGAUGAUGAAGAAGAGGAAGAAGAAGAAGAGGAAGAAGAGGAGGAAGGGGAAGAGGAAGGACAGGAAGAAGAGGAGGAAGAGGAGAAUGAAGCUGCUAAUAACAGCACUGCGUCCAGAGAUGGCUUCACAGACUUGCUGCCGGAAGAAUGCCAGCUGGGCGGAGGCCGCAUUUCCUGUAAAGACAUUGGCAUGUCCCAUCUGCCCAUCAUCACUGACCUCAGCAUCACCAUAAUCGAGCUAUCGGGAAACAACCUCACUAUAUUACCUCCUCGGGGUCUCUCUGGUCUGCCUAACCUGGAAGAAGUUGACCUGAGCAGGAACUUCCUGGAUGACUCCUCUAUCAGUCCCAACUUCUUCAUGAACCUGACAAAGCUGAAAAGACUGACCCUUGACGGUAAUGAUCUAGUGACAAUCCCGCGUCUGCCGCCGUCUCUGGAGGAGCUGAGGAUCAAUGACAACAAAAUAAGCCAACUGCUUACACAAAGCUUCAAAGGUUUGUCCAACCUGCUUGUCUUGGAGCUGACAGGAAACAUCCUGUAUGAGGGCAGUGUAGAGCCCUGGGCCUUCAGACCUCUGAAGGUGCUCAAGCAUUUGAAAUUAGACAACAACCGAUUCAGCUCCAUCCCAACUGGACUGCCUCGCUCCUUAGAGGAUUUGAGGAUGUCCCACAAUCAGAUAGUGGAGGUCCAGGACCAUGUUCUGAAUAAGUCUGUCCACCUGAGAGUGCUGGAUCUGAGUCAUAAUCUCCUGAGAGAGAACAGUUUCUACCCUGGAGCCUGGAUCAACCUGCCGAAGCUGGAGGCUCUGGACAUGUCUCACAAUCAGUUGUCUGUGGUGCCCCCUUACCUGCCCAGAGUUUUACGGCAACUGUCUCUCCAGCACAAUCACAUCCGUGCUAUCCCCCACUACACGCUGAGUCACCUUCGUCCAGGCCUCCAGUCCCUGCGCCUCUCCCAUAACCAGCUGGUGGAGGAGGGGCUCCAGGGAAAGUCCUUCCGGGGUGCCUACAAAACACUGGUGGAGCUUCUCUUGGACAACAACUGGCUUGAAAGCGUCCCGCAGAACAUCCGCCACUUCAAGUACCUGCAGCUGCUGCGACUGGAUCACAACCGCAUCACCUCUAUUCCAGUGAAGUCAGUGUGUAAAGUCAGAAUGACUGAAUCCUCCCCUCUGGUGGCUCUUCACCUGGAGAACAACCACAUCGAUGUGAAGAAAAUUCGCCCAACCGCUCUCUCCUGCAUCCGGGACCGUCACAGGGUCAAACUAGAACCCCAAACUACUAAUGAAAUCCAGUAGAGCCCUACAAAAUGCCUCAGUACUUUUCUGCUCAAGUUCUUUUAACUGUGUUUGGUGCUAAAUUACAAUCGUCUGAAUUAUUUAUUCAGUUAUAAAUUAAAAGCAUGAUAUUUCUACAUUUUUUCAGUCAACGUUUGUCCUCUUUCCCAUGAAGUCUUAAUGUUUUUGUUGAUUGCAGCCUGUGUGUUUAUCCCCAGCCAAUCUGCUCAUUCCUGUCUCCAUACCAUUGCAGUACUUUUGCUUAUUCUAACAACAAGACUGUUCUUUUUGGACGGGGCUGUCUUGAUGCCAAAGCUAUUUCAGUAUGUGCUGAUAUCUGUGCUGGUAUAACAGUUCUUUUGCCAAAUGUUUGUAAGUGUAUAAACUGUCUUUUCACAAAUA